AGAGCGAGCUACCGGAAGUCUCUAACGGGUGGUUUUCUCUUUCUCCGGUGGUUCACGGCCGGUGGACACGACGCGGUCCGGCCGCGGAGCGGAGCGAGAGCCCGCUGCCGCCCGGAGGCCUCGGUCCUCCUGCAGCUGGAGAGGUGUCGCCAGAGGGAGGUCCCCUCCAGGUGAGGUGACGUCAUGGACAAAGUAAGGAGGGUCCUGGUUCACGUGUGCACAGAGCGGUCAUCUCCCCAGAGAGCUCUCUUUGUUCAGAGUGUGACGGGUCACUUCAGUGAGGGAGGAGCCGAUGAGGUGGAGGUGAGCUGCUCUCUGCAGAGGAGACGGUUGGUCCUGUCCAGAGGAGACGGAGGUCGAGGGUCGCCUCUGAAGAGGCCCGCCUUCUGUCCCAUCAAACACCUGUCCAUCGCAGAGGCAGCUGCGAUCCCAUUGGACGUUCAGCAGCGCGGGGUGGAUGUGGGCGUGGCCAUCAUCCUGCAGACAGCCAAUCAGAGAGUGCUGUUGACACGGCGGGCGAAGGAGCUCCGUAUAUUUCCCAAUGUUUGGGUUCCUCCAGGCUGCCGACGUCGGUGUAUCUUCAACUGUCCCCUGGCUUUGUUUUCUCUAGGCGGCCAUCUUGAACCAGAUGAGACGCUGCUGGAAGCCGGCCUGCGGGAGCUCUGGGAGGAAACUGGACUGAAGCUGGAACCAGAAGGAGCUUCUCCAAAGAUACUGGGACUCUGGGAGUCGGUGUACCCGGCCAUGCUGUCCCGAGGUCCCCCUGAGAGACAUCACAUCGUGGUCUACAUGCUGCUGCUGUCCUCCAGGUCUCACCUGCAGCUCCAGGGGUCUCUGAGUCCGUCUCCUGCUGAGGUCAGUUCUUGUCUCUGGGCCGACAGACAGCUGGUCAGAGCCAUCGUGUCCUCUGGGGAAGAGGAGGGUGCAGUUCCCCUGAGCGACCUGCAGGGCGGCGUCAGCGUGACCCGGGUCUCCCCUGGAGGAGGUCUGAGUGAGGCCACGCUGCCUCUGGAGGUGUUGAUGAGCCGGGCGCCGGCCAGCGGCCCAGACGUGGAGCGGGUCAGCACCGGCACCAAGUACGCCCUGGAGCUGUGGCUGAGGAGCCUGGAGACCUGACCCCUGACCUCUGACCCCCUGCGUCCAGGAAAGAUUUCUUGAGCUAACACAAUAAAAUAAAUACCAAAAUAA